AUGGCAUCCUUCGCCUCGCAGACCUACACUCCCACCGAGGAGGCUGAGAUCCAGCAGUGGCUCACCACCUCGGAGCGCCUCAAGUCCAACGAGGACAAGUCCUCCAUCCUCGAGACUCUCAACGACCACCUCUCCAGCCGCUCCACCCUCCUUGGCAGCAAGCCCUCCAAGGCCGACGUCGCCAUCUACGAGACCCUCGCUCCCGUCGUUGCGAAGUGGACACCCGAGGAGCGAACCGGCGAGAAGGGACACCCUAACAUCGUCCGCCACAUCGACUUUGUUCAAAACUCGACUCUGUUCGGCCUCGAGGUUAAGGAGGAGGACAAAGUCAAGGUCGACCAGGACAACGUCCUCUACGUGAAGCCCCCCGUCGACGCCAAGGCCGAGAAGGAGAAGAAGAAGAAGGCUGCUGCUGCCGCCGCCGGUGGUGAGGCUUCUCUCGUCGACCGCACCAAGGAGAAGGUUAAGGAGGUUGUUGAGGAGGCCAAGGAUAAGGUUGCUGGUGCCAAGCCCAAGAAGGAGAAGAAGGAGAAGGCCCCCAAGCAAAAGGCUGCUCCCGCUCCCGCUGCCCCUCUUUCCCCUGCCCUGAUUGACCUCCGUGUCGGCCACAUCCUCAAGGCCAUCAACCACCCUGACGCCGACUCCCUCUACGUCUCCACCAUUGCCGUCGGUGACCAGCCCGGCAAUGACGACUACGUCGAGUACGAGGGCCAGAUCUGCCGAACCGUCUGCUCCGGUCUCAACGGUCUCAUUCCCCUCGAGGAGAUGCAGGGCCGUAAGGUCGUAGUCGUCUGCAACCUCAAGCCCGUCAAGAUGCGAGGCAUCAAGUCAUGCGCCAUGGUUCUCGCCGCCUCCCCCAAGGUCAAGGAGGGUGAGGAUGACCACAAGGGUCCCGUCGAGCUCGUCUCUCCUCCCGAGGGCGCCAAGGCCGGUGAGCGCGUCUGGUUCGAGGGCUGGGAGGGCAAGCCCGAGGGUGUGCUCAACCCCAAGAAGAAGAUCUGGGAGACUUUCCAGCCCGGUUUCACCACCACCGACUCCCUCGAGGUUGCUUUCGAUGCUGGUGUUGUGGAGCAGCUUGGCAAGACUGGUCAGGGCCGUCUUGUCACUGAGAGCGGUGGUGUCUGCACUGUUCCCAGCCUCAAGGAUGCUGUUGUGCGAUAA